AUGCAGACACCACCCAGUCUCACAUUUACUCAAAUCCCAGUAGCAGUCACAUGGGUGGAGCAGUUCAACAACAAACUGCAGGUUGGUACCAGAGUCAAAGCUCCGUCCUACAGUGAUUAUGUUCUUGUACUGAUCUGUGUCGUGUCUUUAAAAUCGCUCUUCUGCUUUCAAGGACACAAUCUGGAGACACCAGAGAAAACCCCCUCCCACAUCCAGUUCAACCCCAGCUUAUAUGACCUCAGAGAGGUGAUUGCUGACUGGGCCCAGGCUGAGUGUGAAGAGGACACAGAAACCAACCAAAUCAAGAUGUUUCACUGUUCAGACCGUGACUUUGUUCUCAUCCAUCCUCUGUGUGCAUCGUGGGCUUCUUACUCCGUUUCCUUGUGGAUUCUUAUCCUCUGUUUCGUUUUAGUCAAAGGAAAAUCUCAUCUGGUGUGUCCAUCUCAGGUUGUAGCCAUGCUGGGUGAUGAUGUUGUUCUUCCAUGUCAGCUUAAAUUUGCUGUUGAUACUAACGCUGAGACUGUGAACUGGAUCAAACCUGGUCUGGACCCAGAUGUUGUCCAUCUUCAUAAAGAUGGACGGCUGGUGUUUGAGAACCAAAACCCAUCUUAUCACUUUCGUACACGAGUCUUUGUGGAUGAACUGAUUAAAGGAAACGUCUCGCUUAAAAUAUUCAAAGUGAAACUCUCUGAUGAAGGAACGUACAGAUGCUCCAUUCCCUGGAUACGUGAAGAAGCUUCCAUUGUUCUCACUGUUGGGUCAGCCUCUACACCCGUCAUAAAGGUGAUGUCAAAUGUCAGCAGCAGGGUGGUGUUACAGUGUGAGUCUGCAGGCUGGUAUCCAGAGCCUGAGCUGCUGUGGUUGGACGGUGAGGGAAACCUCCUCUCUGCUGGACCUACAGAGACCCUCAGAGGUCCUGAUGACCUCUAUACUGUCAGCAGCAGAGUGACUGUGGAGAAGAGACACAGCAACAACAUCACCUGCAGAGUCCAACAGAGGAACACCAACCAGAGCAGAGAGACACACAUACAUGUUCCAGACCACAUGAACGAUGGAAGUGAACAGACAGAAGAAGAAAAUAAUGACAUAACUCUCUUUGAUAACAACCAGACGGUAACAUCAACACAGGGACUGCUGGAAACUCAGUUUGAAGAUAGUGGCAGCAGUCUGGACAAGAAAAAACAGCUGGAAGACUACUAUGUGACUAAGUGGCAGCAGAUCUUAUUUUUAGGUGGAGGUGGACUGAUUGCUGCUGCUGCUGUGGGUUUCUUCAUCCUGCUGAUCCUGGGUGGAGCAAGUGGAUGCUGGCUUAGACAGAGGUCAGUCUCUAUCAGAAGUGACUCCUGCUCACACACCAGUGUAGAGGCCUUAAUGAACAGAGCCUCAGCAUUUGGAAACCAACAGCUGGACACAGAGUCAGAAGAAGAGAUCCUGGAAGCUGCUGAGGAGAAGACCUGA